GCGCGGAGCGGGAGCCGGACGCCGCCGCCGCCGCCACCUGCGCGGCCGCCAGCAAGAUGUCAUGGCACCCCCAGUACCGAAGCUCCAAGUUCCGCCACGUCUUUGGCAAGCCAGCCAGCAAAGAGAACUGCUACGACUCGGUGCCCAUCACCCGCAGUGUCCACGACAACCACUUCUGUGCUGUAAACCCCUACUUCAUUGCUGUUGUCACUGAAUGUGCCGGCGGGGGGGCCUUCCUCGUAAUCCCCCUGCACCAGACAGGGAAGUUGGACCCCCACUACCCAAAGGUCUGCGGGCACAAAGGGAAUGUGUUGGACAUCAAGUGGAACCCUUUUAAUGACUUUGAGAUUGCUUCCUGCUCCGAAGAUGCCACGAUUAAGAUCUGGGACAUCCCCAAGCAAUUGCUGGCAAGGAACCUCACCACUUACAGGAAGGAGCUGGUGGGCCAUGCACGCAGGGUGGGGUUGGUGGAAUGGCACCCUACAGCUGCCAACAUCCUCUUCAGCGCUGGCUAUGACUACAAGGUGAUGGUGUGGAAUCUGGACACAAAGGAGUCUGUAGUUGUGAGCCCUGUGAAGACAAUCUCCUGCCACCAGGACGUGAUCCUCUCCAUGUCCUUCAACACCAAUGGCAGCCUGAUGGCCACCACCUGUAAGGAUCGAAAGAUUCGUGUUCUUGACCCCCGCCUAGGGACUGUCCUGAAGGAAGCCAGCUACAAGGGGCACCGGGCCAAUAAGGUACUCUUCCUGGGAAACCUAAAGAAAUUACUGUCCACUGGGACAUCCCGCUGGAACAACCGUCAGAUGGUUCUGUGGGACCAGGAAAACCUCUCUGUGCCUCUCACAGAGGAGGACCUGGAUGGCUCCUCGGGUGUGUUGUUUCCCUUCUACGACUCGGACACCAACAUGCUCUACAUUGUGGGAAAGGGAGACGGAAACAUUCGCUACUACCAGGUAAACGCUGAUAAGCCUCACCUGAGCUACCUGACUGAGUACCGCUCCUACAACCCACAGAAGGGGAUCGGUAUCAUGCCAAAGAGAGGUCUUGAUGUGUCUUCCUGUGAGAUCUUCCGCUUCUACAAGCUGAUCACAACCAAGAGUCUCAUUGAGCCUGUGUCCAUGAUUGUACCCCGGAGGUCAGAAUGCUACCAAGAGGACAUCUACCCACCCACUGCAGGGGCCCAGCCCUCCCUGACGGCCCUGGAGUGGCUCAGCGGGAUGAACAGAGAUCCAAUCCUGGUGUCCCUUAGACCCGGCUCUGAACUGCUGAACUCCCAGACAUUGCCUCCAGAGAGACCCCUCUCAAAUUCUGUGGCCUCAGCCUCGCUCCUGCCCUCGGACCCCACAGCACAGCUGGCCGUAGACAAUGGCCGGCCACCCUGCUCUCCGAUGGAGGGGAAGGCACCGAGAUGGGCCGCAGACCACCGGCUGGAGGAGAAGUCCUGCCUAACCAAUGGCUUUGAUGUUUCUGAAUGCCCCCCACCAAAGACAGAGAAUGAGCUGCUGCAGAUGUUCUACCGGCAACAGGAGGAGAUCCGAAGGCUCCGGGAGCUGCUGACCCAGCGAGAGGUCCAGGCCAAGCAGCUGGAACUGGAGAUCAAAAACUUACGGAUGAGCUCAGGGCAGAUCUGAGCAGAGGUCUCUGCAUCCUCGCCCUCAGGGACACCACAAGGCUCUGUGGGGAGGCCCAGAACCAAACCACAGGUCCCCAAGAACAACCACUAUUUCUAUAUUUUAUAUCAGAAAACAAAGCUCAGUCACUGAACAAGAUUCCAGUGGGCCUCAGUGCCGUUUCCCCUCGCCUUCUCCCAGCUGCAGUUUCUGUUUCUAAAUGUCCAUGAGGAGCUGUGAUCUCUCAAGGUGAAAGAGCAUGGUAGAAAGAGCUGGAAGGACAAGAGAGGCCAACCUGCCUGUGGUGUGCAGAUUACGGUCAUAGAGUGGGAGGACAUCUUGGUUGGCAGGUGGUCAUUCCAACAGUGCCCCCUUCUAUUAACCUACUGUGGAAUAUAUACUUUUGCUACUAAAUUAUUUUCUAGCAUUUUGAAAGCCACUGAUCUGGCCCAGUUCCCUCAUUCUAACAGUGGGGAAACUGAGGCCCAGAGAGAGAAAAUUGAGAUUUGUUUCCUGGCAGGGCUGACUGAGGUCCUGCUUCUCCUGGAUCUGUCUACUACUAAUGUCAGUGCUCAGCCUCCACAGUGAGAAUACCUCAGUUGUGAACCAACUUACUUAGUGACUUCUUGCCAAGUUUGCUUUCUAGUCUGUUUUUCCAUCUGAACAGUAGGUGAAUACUCGAAAAUGCUACCUUGUCUACAACUUGCCACCAAAGACCUUGACCUUGAUUGACACUGCCUGUGGAGAGAUAACCUGGGUUUGCUGCAGAAACCUAUAUUGGCACAGGGGCUUAGCCUGAGGGGAAUGAGUGAAGAUUCGGCCCAAUUCUAGACCACAGACAGGAGGCCAAACCUAUCCUUCUAGCCAGAAUCAGCUAGAUACAGGUAGAAAGUCCCUAGGUAGGGACACAGAACUCAGAGUCCUUGUCUGUGUAUCACAGCCUGCCUCGUCCACCCUCUGGGAGGUGGGGAAUCCCAGCACUGGAUAUAGCAAAGCCCUGUGACCACCCACCAGUAUGGACUCUGGAUGGGUGCAAUAGGAGAGGACGUAGGACCAGAUAAGCUCUGGUCUCAAAGUCUAUGUCCCUCCCUUGUGUGUCCUAUGCCCUGUCCUGAGGCUCUUCCUUUCUCAGUAGCCAGUUCAGUAACCCAGCUGGAACCUGGGAAGGAUGAAAGGCAAAACUUACUGUCUGCCUGCGCCCCUCUGCAACAGGCAGACAGUGUUUUUCCCAUCACACAGGUCCACUUGAGCUGGGGGCUGGGGGUGGGAAAGGAGCCACCCAGACUAUCAGAUUUCAAACCAUGCUAUCUGCUAACAUCCCUUUGGAGGACAUCCUUCAUCCUGGCCCCACUGAAGCCCCUCUGUACAAGUUGUCCAGUACAAUGGGAAUGGAGACUCCCCUGGGCUAGUCCUCUCUACCUGUAUUGGCAAAGAAUCUAUGACUUAGUCCCAGGGUCCCACGAUCCUGCCCCUCCACAUGGUUCGUACCGCCUGUCUCCACACACCAGAGCCGCAUGCUCCUUGAUUUAUUCUCCAUUUCAGUCACUAGACUAGGACUCAUCCCAGAUGAUGAGCCAACCAAGCUUGCCUUAUUGUGCUCCUUAGCAAAAGGUCAAGUCCCAGCCAUUGCCAGGGAAGUGGAGCUCCUGGGAAAGGGUGCUUUUCUUCUUUCAUUUGUGGCCAGCACUUCACAGUUUACAAAGCUCUCACCUCCACCUCCAGCCACACAUUAGGAACGGAAGACAGCUUCAGAGUAAGGUAACCUGCUGGAGGCCACUGGCUGCUGUUGGUGGAGAUGGAGUCCAGAGAGCUUCCCAACAUGCUCUGUGUGGAACACCAUCCCCACUAAAGUUCUCCUCACCCUAAGGGACCCAGACUAGGACCUCACACUGAGGAACAGGUCACAGGAGGCUAUGAACAAAUUUUUUUUUAACAUCUAGAAUAAAUUAUUUAAAUUAUUUCAUAGCAAGGGAGAGGGAUAGGUAAUUUUUAUCAGAUAUUUUUUUAAGUCAUCUUUUUUUUUUUUAAUUUUUAUGUUCUUAAGCUGAUGGAGCAGCAGUUCCCACACUGGCAGUGCCCAGGCAAGAGGCAGAGUAGUCUUCAUCUCCUUAUCCCACAUCCUGGGCACUCCCUUUCUGGUACUCAGGAACUCUCUGUAUUGAGAACACUGGGAGAUGAGCUGUUGGCUGGUACCCAACUUAGCUCUAAUAAUUUUGCUUCCUGGAGCAAAACUUGAGGUCGUGGGAAACAGGAAGUGAGAAAUGGAUCUAUGCUUUUCAUAUGAAACCGUGCCUGAAACAGUUUGAAUGAUUGUUUUAAUGUUUCUUAAAUUCCUUAUACCUUUGUAAAAAAAAAUUAAAUAAAUAAAAAAUAAAAGAAAUAAAAGCGAAAAUAAAUACAGAAUUGUGCAAUGGAAAGAAUAUAAUAAUCAGCCCUGGAGUGGUAACACACCUGGAACCCCAGCACUUGGAAGGCUGAGGCAGGAGGAUUGAGAGUUCCAAGCCAACCUGGGCUACAUAGAAUUUGAGACCAGCCUGGAAAGAGUGUGAAACCCUGUAUCAACCAAAAUAAUAAAA